AUGUCGGACGCGCAGACUCGAAAACGCUCCAGGCCCGUGGAUGGAUCGGCCUCCGGCAAUGAAUCCUCCGACGACGACUUCGGCCCAGCGUUGCCCGCUUCCGUGCCGCCCAAGAAAAAGCGAAGGCUGCCGUAUGAGUCGCUGUAUGUGGAUGCCUUGCCGAAAGGCGUGAGGUAUUCCAGAUCGUUAAUGCACAGGGAUCAGGUAUCCACGGUGACCAUUGCCCCUUCGCCCGCCGACUUUGUCAUCACCACCUCGAUUGAUGGGGUGGUCAAGUUCUGGAAGAAGAUGGCCAAAGGAAUCGAGUUUGCCAAAGAAUACCGGGCACACGAAAGCCAGGUGGUGAGCUCGACUGCCAGUGUCGAUGGAGCCUUGUUUGCCACCACAGGUGACGAGAGUGAUAACAGCAUCAAGAUUUUCGAUGUCAUCACGUUUGACUUACUGUCCAUCUUGAACCUCGAGAACCCGGCGACCUGCCUCUGCUGGGUGCAUCGACGCGGCGCUGCCCCCAUCCUAGCGGCCGGGGUCGGGAAGGAGAUUCACAUCUACGAUGGCCGUGGCGACUCGCAGACUCCCAUGCAUGUAUUGUCAUCUCUCCACCGCGCUCCUGUCGUGGCCAUGGCCUACAACCCUGCCUUUGACUGCGUGGUGUCUGCGGACUCGGGCGGCAUGAUUGAAUACUGGCAGCCCGGCGAGAACUAUGAAAAGCCCGACACCGUGUUCAAAAUGAAGGCCACCACCAAUCUGUUCGAUUUCAAAAAGGCCAGGUCUGCUCCGUGCAGCAUCACCAUUUCACCUUCCGGUCAUCAGUUCGCCACAAUGUCUUUUCCGGACCGGAAAAUCCGGGUGUUUGACUUCGCUUCCGGCAAGCUUUAUCGCUCAUACGACGAAUCCAUUGAAACCAUCACGGCGAUGCAGCAAGCUGGGACCGCUCUGCAGAAGCUGGACGAGGUCGAGUUUGGUCGGAGAAUGGCCGUCGAACGUGACCUGGACAAUCCGACCGUGCGGUCGAGAAUCAAUAUAAUCUUCGACGAGUCCGGUCAUUUUAUUGCCUACGGGUCUCUUCUAGGCAUCAAGGUGGUCAAUACUCUCACCAACCGGGUCGUGAAGGCGUAUGGCAAGGAGGAACCGUUCCGAGCAUUGAACAUAGCUCUAUAUCAGGGUGCGCCACAGAAAAAAGAAGUGGUCACCGUUUCUAUGGCUGCCAGCGCCAACCCGCUCCUGAACGAGGCCGAAGAACGAGAUCCUAUGCUCUUCGCUGCCGGGUAUGGGAAGGCUCGGUUCUACAUGUUCACCAACGAAGAAGAAAUCAGCAAGUCGACGCGAGAUGUCCAGAACGAGAAACCGCGAGUGACUGGAGGCAAGAAGAAGGAGGCCAAACAGGCCCAGACAGGGACGUCUGCAGUUCUCCAUACGACAUACGGGGACAUCCAUAUCAGGUUGUUCCCGGACAAAGCACCCAAGGCGGUGGAAAACUUUGUCACGCAUGCGCGGAACGGCUAUUACAACAAUACCAUCUUCCACCGGGUCAUCAGGAAAUUCAUGAUUCAGGGAGGAGAUCCGCUGGGCGAUGGCACCGGCGGGGAGAGUAUAUGGGGGAAGGAGUUUGAGGACGAGUUCUCCGACCUCAAACACGACAAACCGUACACGGUGAGCAUGGCGAAUGCGGGGCCCAAUACGAACGGGUCACAGUUCUUCAUCACAACGGAGAAGACGCCGUGGUUGGACAACAAACAUAGCAUUUUCGGCCGGGCGUACCAGGGGUUGGAUGUGAUACAUCAGAUCGAGAACACGAAGGUGCGCAAGGAAAAGCCGGAGGAAGACAUCAAGAUUGUCAACAUAUCAAUCAGCUAG